ACAAGGAAGUGCUGGGACACCAGCCAGCGUGGCCAGGCUGCAGGAGCUCCAGGUGCAGCAGAUCUUUGUUAAGAAGGACGAGGAGCAGAGGCAACCAGAACUGCAGGGACCUCAGCCAGGACCUGGAGAUCCCCUUUGCAGGAGUCGUCUUCCAGCCAAAACUUCUUUCUGCCAAGCUGGUUGGAUCCUGUCUUCUGCUUCCUCUGGAAGCCCCCUGGUCUGCUGGUGGGGCACCAUGGAGACAGCAGCUUUACCAGCUUCACACAGACUUAACCCAAACCCCUAAUAAGGGGUUUGGAGGAAAUCCAUCUUGGGGAAGAGAAAUGCAGCACUUCUCCAGCUUCAUUUGACAGGCUGGGAUUUAAUCAAACCCCGGGAUGUCCAGAAGUGCUCCUUGGGGAAGUGGAAAUCAGACAGAACAUCUCAGCAGCCUUCUCCAGAUUAUCAGCUUCUCACACAACUGAGCUCUGCCAAAUUGUCCCCAUUUCUCGACUGGCAAGGAGGGGACAUCAGUAUCCCAUCAGCACAGGCUGGGCUGUGCCCUCCCUGGUGAUGACCACCGAGGGACACCUUUCCUGAGCAUUUCCUGAGCAUCAGUGUCCCUGCAGGAGCAGAGGGCUAGAGGGAGCACUGCACAGCCUUGUCCUUGCAUGGAGGAUGUCUCACCAGGGCUGCAAAGCUUCAGUUCCACUUAAAACUGGGUCGACUCAGUAGGAUCUAGGACAGGGCGGCCCUCCAGGUCACACUCAACGAUGUCACUGUCUGUGCGCCCGCAGCGCCGAGUCCUCGUCACCAAGAUCAAUAGGAGCCAGUCCUUCGCCGGAGUGAACUCAUCGGCCGACCGGCCCUUCAGGAAUCUCUCACCUUUCACCCCCACUGUCUCCCGCAAGACUGGCUCCAGGGUCAGUAGGAUGUUCUCAAUGUCCCACAAGUCCCCACCACCCAAGGUGCCUCAGCCCAACCGCCUGGACGAGGUGUAUGAAGCUCUCAAGAAGGGCCUGACGGCCUACCUGGAGGUGCACCAGCUGGAACUGGAGAAGCUCAGCACACAGAUCCGUGAGUCCAAGAGGAAUUCACGCCUGGGCUUUCUCUACGAUCUGGAUAAGCAAGUGAAGUCAAUCGAGCGCUUCCUGCGUCGCCUGGAGUUUCAUGCCAGCAAGAUAGAUGAGCUGUAUGAGGCUUACUGCAUCCAGCGGCGGCUCCGUGAUGGAGCCCACAACAUGGUCAAGGCUUACAGCACAGGCUCGCCAGGCAGCCGGGAGGCACGCGAGAGCCUGGCCGAGGCCAGCAAGGGCUACAAGGAGUACACAGAGAACAUGUGUCUGUUGGAGAAUGAACUGGAGAGCCAGCUGGGCGAGUUCCACAUCCGGAUGAAAGGAUUGGCAGGCUUUGCCCGGCUUUGUGCUGGUGACCAGUAUGAGAUCUUCAUGAAGUAUGGACGGCAGCGGUGGAAGCUGCGAGGGCGCAUCGAGGUGAACAGCAAGCAGGUGUGGGACAGCGAGGAAAUGGUUUUCUUACCCCUCGUCACUGAGUUUCUCUCCAUCAAGGUGACGGAGCUAAAGAGCCUGGCCAACCAUGUUGUGGUGGGCAAUGUGUCCUGUGAGACCAAGGACCUCUUUGCAGCUCUGCCCCAGGUAGUGGCUGUGGAUAUCAACGACCUGGGCACCCUCAAACUCAGCCUGGAGGUGACCUGGAACCCCUUUGACAAGGACGACCAGCCCUCGGCAGCCAGCACUGUCAACAAGGCUUCCACAGUGAACAAGAGGUUCUCCACCUACAACCAGAGUCCACCUGACACGCCAUCCCUGCGGGAACAGGCCUUCUAUAGCCCGGAGCGGGCAGCUGACAAGCGUGGUUGGUCCUUGCUGGACAUCUUUCGGGAGACACUCUUCGAGAAGCUGUCUCAGAGCUGCUCCUGUGGCGAUGUCUCCUCGGCCGAGCUCGGGAGAUGGCCGCAGCAGGGCCGCAAUAUGCUGCGGCGCCAAGAGGAGCUGGAGAAUGGCACAGCCUGGUCCAUCUCCUCUGAGUCCUCAGAUGACUCCUCCAGCCCCCAGCUGUCCAGCAGUGCCCGCCAUGCCACACACAAGCCCAUCGUGCAGCCUGAGGUUCAGGCCUCCGCCCCUGCCAUCGAGAUCUCCUUCUCCCAGCAACCAGAGGAGGCUGACGCCAUGCUUGGAGCCAGUGGCAGCAGUGUCCCAUCUGCUGGGAGCCAGCCAGAGGAGCCAAGCAGCCGUAAGAAGGAGACAGUGGCCAACGGGCAUGUGCCCUACUCCCGGACUCUGAGCCACAUCAGCGAGGCCAGUGUGGAUGCCACAAUGGAGGUCAAGACUGUGGAGAGCCCUUGGGAGCCUGCGUCCAGCACGGAGGACACAGGGAUGGGAAAGCAAGAUGCACACCCUCUGCCUGGUGCUGCGGUGGCAGCUGCUGUGUCAGGGCAGGACAGGGCCACUGAGGCCAAGCCUCGUGCCUCUGUGGCAUGGGCCACCUCCUGCGACGAGGAGGCUGGCAGUGCAGAGCCAGUGCAGAGCCAGGUGCCAGCACAGAGUGACUAUGGCACCGGGAUCCCCACAGCACUGGCACAAGCCUCUGCAGAAGAGAUCCCCAUCCCAACCCCACCACUGCCCACCAGCACCCCUGAAGUGCCACGGGGGAAGAUGGUGGAUUCAGGUCUGGAGGAGGCAAUUGGCCUCCUGGGCUCAGCUCUGGAUGACUAUCGGGGACAGUUCCCGGAGCUGCAGCCCCUCGAACGGGAGCUGAAACGUCUGGAGGAGAUUCUGCUGCAGAAGCAAGGUGUCUUCCUCAGCCGGGCCUCCAGCAUCAGCCUGACAGUGGAGCACGCGCUGGAGAGCUUCAGCUUCCUCAACACCUCCGACAUGGAGGACUCAGAAGGCUCUGAGGAGGAGCCUCUCCAAGAUGAGAGGAGGGCUGGCAGAUCCCUGCGCAGCACCAGAGCCCCCAGCGCUGGCGAGAUGGGGGCAGAUGACACUGGAAUGUGCAGUGGUUCUGAGGCCAGCACUGACCCCAUGAGCACUGGCAAUGAGUUCCUGGAUAAGGCUCUGGUGCUUCACCUCAACAACUGCAACCGCCUGCUGCUGAAGCUGGGCACCUUCGGUCCCCUGCGGUGCCAGGAGAUGUAUGCCCUGGACAGGCUGCUGCGGGAGUCCCAGGUGCUAGAGAUCGUAUGCCAGCUGACGGAGGAGCGCACAGGAGCAGCCAGUUCAGCAGCUGAUGUGGUGCAGUUCUCGACACGGAAGGAGGGCGUGCUGCCCCUUUGGGACCUCUGUGUGGAAGUGCCCAAUGUCUACACCUGCCCUGUGGAGCGGUUCCUGCAGGUGCUCAGUGCCCAGUAUGCAGCUCCCAUCAGCGAGCAGCACUCUGGUUUGGCUGAUAUUGUGUUUGUGAAACUGGUGGAGGACGUGCUGAAUCGGCGGCUGCCCCGGCGGCCCGGCAGUGCCCAGAGCGAGCAGAUCACCAUCUUCCAGUACUGGAGCCACUUUGAGUCGCUCGGUGCCCUGGUGCUUGACAGCUACAUGAUGGAGCUGGCAGAAGAAGCACUGCUGGCACAGAACCUCAACUCGGAUGACCAGGACGUGGUGCUGCGUGCCCUGAAGCGCAUGCCCGAGGGCCGCCUGAAGAAGGAGGGACUGAAGGCACUGAGCCUGCUCCUCGUGGAGGGCAACAGCAAGGUGGUGAGCGCCGUGUCAGCCCAGCUCCGUAGCCUGGCAGAAAACCCCCGCUUCCGCCAACGGGCCCUCGUGUGUUUCCUGGAGCAGCUGGAGGAUGAGGAGGUGCAGACACGUGUGGCAGGGUGUGCGGCGCUGGGCUGCUUGAAGGCCAAGGAGAGCAUCGAGCAGCUGGUUUACCUGUGCCAAACCGACAAAGAGCCUGUGAGGGAGGCAGCCAAGCAGAGCCUGAUGCUGUGCGGGGAAGACGGUAAAUCAGCUCACCGGCGAUUGGAGGAGACCCUGGAUAGCCUCCCACGGAUCUUUGCACCAGCCAGCAUGGCCAGUACAGCUUUCUGAGACCCACGCACACCCGCCUGCCAUCCCUGAGGGCAAAGGCACUGCUGGGCCACCCGGGCUUGCACGGACUGGGGACCCGGCAGCUCCGCUCCCGGCAGCACACCACAGUAUUACCCCGCCCGCCGGCAGCUCGCCAUGGCCGCACACUGCCUUACGGAGCACCGCUUCCCUGUCCCCGGCCACCGGCCCCAGGGGUGUCACCUCCACACCACUGGGCAGGGGGCUCGCUGCACAUCCCACCCUCUGAUCGCUAUUUAAAGUACCCAGGGAGUCCACCCUUCCUGCCCCCUCGUCCGCUGCAGCUGCCAGGACUGGGGUGGAGGGAGAGGUACCGGAUUUCUCUGCCUCCUCUUGCCUUCUUCUUGCUCGAGGGCACGCGCCCUGUCCCGGAAGGACCUGCACUUUGGAAACCUUGCUGUUUCUUUCCAGGAGCUGCCAGGGCCAUGGGGACUGCUGCCCUCUGCCACCUGGAGUCCCCAGGACUUAAAUAAAAUGAAAUAUAAGAUAUUAAUAUAUUCUGCUGGCGUUUCUUCUUUCCAGCUCCACGUGCUCCUGUCCCUCCCUGGCUUGUGGCUGUAGGGAGUGUAGUGAGAUGUGGCCUCAGCCCAGAGCCUUUCCUGGCCUGUUGGAAAGUGCUGUGGAGGGCAGGGGCAGGAGGAGUGAUAGAGGGAUGGACAGACGGAUGGACAGAAGCUGCCACCUCUUUUUUUUGUUUGUUUUGUUUUAUUUUAUUUUUUAUUUACAGAUUUUUGCAGAAAAACAAAAGCAAAAAAUUCUUUUCUAUAUUGUCUCUAUAAAUCUAUAUAUAAUGUAAUUACAGAGAAUGACUAAUUUUGAUUUUAAAGCAGAAAUAAAAAUCUUUAAAGAGUG